UCAUCCUCCACUCGGAAACCCGUCUCUUUCUCCGAAGUCACUAUUGUCGAGCGCAAUCAGAGUAACUCUCCCUCUCUCUUUCUCAACCUUCAUUCCCAAAUCCCUCUCCAGUCAGAAUUGAGUUGAAAUGCCUUUCUAUGCAGUACCUGCAGCUUUCCUGGUACUCUUGAACCAUCUCCCAUAAGGACAUUCGAAAGCAGGUUUUCUAGAUGACCAGUGCCCAUUCUUCCCUUUUGACUUGAUCAAGCAUGGCUUCUGCUGUCCAGCCCUCCGAGCUGCAAAGCGUCAUCGCUUUGGUGAAAACUUUAACAAAUGCACAGCUCAAGGACAUACUGAGGAGCGAGACACUCGCAGUGUCCGGAGUCAAGGCUACACUUCAGAUUCGCAUAAUCCAACACAUAGAGGAGCUUGUUCAAGAGGGACGGAUCGAUCGCUAUGACCAUUUAAGGAGAUUCAUAUACUCUAUGGCCCAGCGCUCAAUGCCUGGGCCGUCAACACUGUCAACUCCAUAUCAUCAAUACCAACCACAUUCAAUUGCGCACUCUUUGCCUACACAAAAUAGAUCUUCACCACUGGGCAUACCAAUACCCUCACAGCCAUUCACAUCUGGUCGCUUGACCUUCAAAGAUAGCCCAUUCUAUAAGAUACUGGAGCCUCUCACUCCUGCUGUGGAAUGCAAGGUACGCGAGCAGACAAGGGAUAAUGUGGAACUAAAAGUUAUGCUUUCUCCGAACAUGGUCUCCAAACUUCAAACCGAUUCCACGAUUCGUGUGAUGGUUUACUGCGCGGCUGAUACUGGUCUUAACCAGUACACGAAGUCUGAUAUUGCAUUUCCUCAUCAAGUAGAGCUCAAAGUAAAUCUCGACGAAGUUAAGGCUAACUUGAGGGGACUCAAAAACAAACCUGGUACGACAAGGCCUGCAGAUAUAACAGACCAUAUUCGCAAGAAACCAGGGUACCCAAAUCAAGUUGUUAUAACUUAUGCUCUUACUCAAAAGAGAUUUUUUGUAGUUGUCAAUCUCGUACAGCGAAAUCCAGUUGAGAAACUUGUCACUGAAUUGAAAGCAAGAAAGACUAUCUCCAAGGAACAAGUGAUUCGAGAGAUGAAAAACAGGGCUGAGGAUUCUGAUAUUGUUGCUACGUCAACUGUUAUGUCCCUGAAGUGCCCACUAUCGACGCUUCGAAUCGAAGUGCCCUGCCGUUCUGUGUUAUGUACCCACAAUCAAUGCUUCGAUGCCUCGUCUUUUCUGCAACUUCAAGAACAAGCGCCAACUUGGACAUGUCCGGUUUGCUCCAAGGCAACUAGUUUUGAAUCCUUGCAGAUUGAUCAGUACGUCGAUGAUAUACUUAACUCGACGCCUGUUGAUGUGGAUCAGGUUGUUAUAGAACCCAAUGGACGUUGGUCUAGCGUUCGACGAGAUGACCAUUUAGUACCCGAUAGUGGCACACCAACUACUGAGGAUGAUGAAUUAAUAGAAGUCGGGGAUUCUGGGAGCGCAUCCGUCAAACAGGAGCCACUUCCCAUUAAUGUCUCACUACAAAAAACUCCAGUCCAAUCCCAGGAGAUUUCAACAUCGCCCUCUGUCCUUGCUUCGUCAAAGAAACGGCCAGCAGCACAAGUUAUUGAUCUCACUGGAAGCGAUGACGAUGAUGACAAUGGUUCUCCAGUAAGACCAGCUAAGCGACGCACAUUAAAUUUACCGGAUGGAGGCUUCCUCAAUGGACUUGGUAACACAUUCAGCAGCAAUUUUGUGAAUGGUAGAAAUCAUCUUGUUUCGGGUCAGAAUGAUUCGCAAUUGCCGAGCCGGAGUGCUGGCUACAAUGCAUAAUGGAUGAGUUACUUGCAGGCGCCUGGUGCAUUUGAUUCCAUAAUUUGACGGGACUUGAUCAUCAUACGGUGUUUUGAGGGUGGCGAGGAAUAUGAUACCGCAUAGAAAUGGUUUUUUUAAGGUCUGUUUACGCUUGAAUUAGCUUCUCCCAAUGAAAAGAAAGUUGCCUUUGGAAUGGAUCCGAGGGGGCUCUAACUGACAUUCAUUUUACCAAUGGGCAGCCUUUUCGCCGGGUCAAUGACUGCCGUUUAAUAAUUAGUAGCAGAAACGCGGUGUUGUACGGCUAAAUAUGAAUUGAGUCAUUUACUCUCAUGCAUCUCUAUACUGUACCUAGAAAUUCGUAAAUGGUAACUGCAUGCCUAACACAAUACC